UUUCAGUUACUCAUCCCUUAUUACACCACCGUUUAGGUUGUGAAUCAACGGUUAAAAACUCAUGUUAGAGCUACUACAUUUCCAACACCAUUAUUCUAUUCACUCUUUCCUCUGCAUUGGAUCCCACUUUCACCUAUCACCAUGAUUUCUCAUUAAUCAUAACUCGUACAUUCUCACCUACCUUCUUUCUUUAUGGUAUGUUUUUUCUUCAUCUUCCUUUUCAUAAUAGUAACGCUUAUUACAAUUAGUUACCUACCUUAUUUACAGUACAUUCUUUGAUCAGAUCUACAUUAAAUAAGGUAGGAAAAAACAUUAAUUAACUUAAUAACAACAUUGUUCAAAAUUCACAGCAUAAUAUUAAUCGUUAGUUGGUUUAGUGAUGAUUGUCGCUGAACUUAAUUAGUAGGGAAGACCAUGAUUCGAUCCCUCGCAACUGUGAUCGGGAGGAGGAUGAAACCGUUUGAUGUCAAAACUGACGCUCAAAACCUGUUUUACAAAACAAAAACAAAAACAAAAACAAAAAAAACAUAAAAAGUUAGAACUGCAACCAUCAUGCUUUUACACCUUAAAAAAACACACUUUUUCCAUUGACAUUGGCCAUGUUCUUUCUUUCUAUGCACAUCUUUGUCAUUUUCAUACCCUUUUUUUCCAUGAGGUAAAAAUUGUAUCUUUUUAAUUUUUUUAACAGUUUAAAACACUAAACUUGUUUUUGUGCUUUUGUGCAGUGAGUAAAUUGAAGUAGCAGAAACAGCAGGGUCAUUCUGAAAUGGGUCAUUUUCUGUUUUCAGUUUACUUGAUUGGUUUGUUAGUGUUUCAAGGAAAUGCAGAACCUGUUGAAGACAAGAAAGCAUUGUUAGAAUUUGUUGAAAAAUUACAACCUUUUAGGCCUUUGAAUUGGAAUUUGAGUUCAUCAAUUUGUACUAGUUGGAAUGGUGUAACUUGUAGUCAAGAUCAGUCUCAAAUUAUCGCGAUUCGAUUACCGGGAGUUGGAUUUAAUGGCACAAUUCCUCCUAAUACAAUUAGUAGAAUCAAAGGGUUGCAAAAAUUGAGUCUUAGAUCCAAUUUUAUAACUGGUCAUUUUCCUUAUGAUUUUAUCAAUUUAAAGAAUCUUUCUUUUCUUUAUCUUCAAUUCAAUAAUUUCAUUGGUCUUUUGCCUGAUUUUGCUGUUUGGAACAAUCUUUCUGUUGUUAAUUUGUCUAAUAACCGUUUCAUUGGCGAAAUUCCUUUAUCUCUUUCCAAUUUGAGUCAUCUUGCUUGUUUGAAUCUUGCAAACAACUCGCUUUCGGGCGAAAUACCUUAUAUAAACUUGCCAUUGUUGAAAAAAUUGAAUUUGUCUAACAAUAAUUUACAAGGGGUUGUUCCUGUUUCUCUUCAGAGGUUUCCUAAGUCAGCAUUUGCUGGAAACAAUGUUUCUAUUGGUACAUUUUCUCAGAGGUUUCCUAAAUCUGAGAAACAUAGAAGGAUUGGUGGAACAUUAGUGUUGGGAAUUAUUGUUGUUGGUGCUUUUAUAUGCUUUGCAGCAUUGGUUGUUUUUAUUUUUGUUUUGUGUUCUAAAAAGAAAGAUGAAGAUGUUUUUAUUGGCAAGUUGGAGAAAGGAGGAAAAAUGUCACCUGAAAAAGUGGUCUCAAGAAACCAAGAUGCAAACAAUAAGCUUUUUUUCUUUGAGGAAUGUAACUAUGCUUUUGAUUUGGAGGAUUUAUUAAGGGCUUCUGCUGAGGUACUUGGUAAGGGAACAUUUGGUGCUGCAUACAAGGCAGUACUAGAGGAUGCAACCACGGUUGUCGUCAAGAGGCUAAAAGAGGUAGCUGUUGGAAAGAAGGAUUUUGAGCAACACAUGAAUAUUGUCGGAAGUCUUAAACAUGAGAAUGUGGUUGAGCUAAAAGCAUAUUACUAUUCCAAAGAUGAGAAACUUGUUGUAUAUGACUACUACAGUCAGGGUAGCAUCUCGGCUUUGUUGCAUGGUAAAAGAGGAGAGGAUAAGGUGGCUUUAGAUUGGAAUACUCGGAUCAAAAUAGCAUUAGGUGUUGCACGAGGUCUUGCUCGUAUCCAUUCUGAGAACGGUGGGAAACUUGUACAUGGCAAUGUUAAAUCCUCAAAUAUCUUUCUCAACACUAAACAGUACGGUUGUGUAUCUGAUCUUGGACUAGCAACCAUAAUGAGUUCAGUCACCCAGCCCAUUUCGCGAGCAGCCGGUUAUCGAGCACCUGAAGUUACAGACACCAGGAAAGCAACACAGGCUUCAGAUGUUUACAGCUUUGGCGUGGUGUUACUAGAGCUGCUAACCGGGAAAUCCCCUAUCCACACAACUAGAGGCGAUGAGAUUGUCCACCUUGUGAGAUGGGUUCAUUCAGUUGUGAGAGAGGAGUGGACUGCUGAAGUAUUUGACAUAGAGCUUAUGAGAUGUCCUAAUAUAGAAGAAGAGAUGGUAGAGAUGUUACAGAUAGCCAUGUCAUGUGUUGCAAGAAUGCAUGAUCAAAGACCUGCGAUGUCAGAAAUCGCAAAGAUGAUAGAAAAUGUAAGGCAGAUCGAUAUAGAGAAUCAGCCAUCAUCCGAGAGCCAAGCUGAAAAUGCAACACAGCAUAAAAUCUCUCAACUUGAUAGUCCACUCUCUACCGAAGAAGGAGGUGAGUGAUAGAAAACGUCAGCAUUGGAGUGAAUAUAUCUGAAAAUUUUGUUCUCCAAAUUCUAAACAAGAGCAUUUUUUAUCACUGAACCGGAGCCACAUUCAUCACUUAUCCCUUGUAAUUCUUGUUUAACAUACUUACUUUUACCCCGAAAAUCCAAACCGAUUUUAUUGAUUUUAUAUCAUGGUAUGGUAUUUUUAAUGUGUUGAGACUCAUUGAUUUUAUAUCAGGUGAUGCAAUCUGUGGAUGCUUACCUCAUUUCAUUAACCAAUAUGUGGAGACUUUCUGUCAAAAUUCAAUCACUAAGCUUGGAAUAAAAUACACAAAAGACACAAUUUCAUUGGCAAACUACAAUUGUAUUUUCUGUUUCAUAUGUUCAGAAGCUCCCCUAAAUAUUUGCAUUUAUAUUGAAUUUUUAAAUGAUUUCAAA